GUUCUUCUCAUAAAACGAUCCGAAAAGAUGCGUUCUCAUACUGGAAUGGUUGGUUAGUAUAAUUGAAAGAAUCGAGAUCGAAUUCUACUCGACUUUUUUACUCUUCUGUCUUCAAGCUUUUCCUGGUGGAAUGGCUGAUCCACCAGAUCGUGAUGUUAUUCAUACAGCGCAACGUGAAGCAUUCGAAGAGAUUGGUAUUGAGCCGCAUCAAUACUCGAUUGUUGGUUCUCUUCUCCCAUUGACGGACUCUCGUCUGGUUGUGAUAACACCGGUUGUUGCUUUAUUAAAUUCGCCAAAAUUUACCGAUUUUCGUCUAUCACCAGAUGAAGCAACCGAUGCAUUCUAUGUUGAUUUAGAACAAUUUCUUCAUGCCAAUGAAAACUAUAAAAUGUUGGAAGUUGGCGAUGAUUUCGUGACGCAUCAUUUUACUGUCGAUAAGUAUCACAUUUGGGGUGUAACAGCUUACGCACUGGUCUUAGUUGCAACACUAGUUCAUCAAAGGACACCACA